AUCGAAUGUCCGCUGCCUGCAACCCUGCGCAGCUGUCGCUUCCGCAUAUGCGGUAAACUGUAGGUGUGCCGCAGUAGUUGCUGAUAUCAUUGCGACUUGUCGCUCCACGAACGGUUCACGAAUCAUUUCAUCGUUUUGCGUCACCGAUCUGAUUGUGUGCAACGAAGCUUCUGACGCCGUGAGAAUGCCAGUGGAAGAAGAGCAAAGCCAUUCCUUGACAGCGACCGGUGUCUCGAGCAACGACCGAAACCUCCAAGCAAAACUUUUGAUGUACUGGUAGAGGAGGCGAACCUGUUGACAGGCCAUUCCGUUAUUAUGCUGUGACGACAGUGGGAAGUGUUGAGUGUCACCCGUCAGUGACGCUGUAGGCUUCAAGCAAACACCAAUGGCGGUUUCCUACAGCGACCGUAAGUUCUUUUUCACCGCUGUGCAACACUUGGCUCGAUCUCUUGCCUGCAUAAGGCCGACGCCCCCCGACAAGCUUGAUAACUUGCUGCGCCUCUGCCCGCAAGAAUCGUCGCCGCAGGGAACAUUUCGAAUCGACCAACGUGGGCAGGAAGCUGUCAUCGCUACGGGUAUCUACUUUCUCGAAUCGGGCUUCCAGUACAAGGACAAGAUCGUACCUUAUUUCCUCAAGCUGCUUCGCGGACUUAGCAAAGCUGUAUGGUUGGAUGAAAUUAAGCUGACCGAUCAAGAACGCAUACCCGUCUGUGAGCGCUUCGCGUUCUGCCUGGGAACUCUACUCAGCGACAUCGCUUACCUUUGCGAAGAUUUGCGCGACGAGAUUAUCACAGCGCAGAUCGACUUCUUGGCGGUGCUUGUGAGCAUCUGCAAGAGCUUUGCAGACGCGCAGACGCCGCGGGGUAGCACAGGAAAAGUAACCCUAUGCCGGGCCAUUGUACCCCUGCUCAUUGGAACUGCGCGGGCGCUUGGCAGAGCGAAGGCUUCGUCGCCGCCUCUCUUCUGCGAGAUCUUUCCGCAGCCAACGAAGGUAGUGCCUUCGACCGAAGAUGCGCCACGGCCUCGAAGUAACAGCAAUACAGGAAACACGCUACCAAAGCGGCGCACGUUCAACAACUUCAGGCCGAUUAUUCCCCGAUCACUGUCCGAAUUAAGCCAACUCACUAACAGGAACAAGUCCUGCCAGGAAUGCGACGAUGACGAACUUUCGAGAAGAUCUUCGCUUCAGAGUCAGUCUUCCGUAAAUUACGAUCCCAAGACAUACUUUUUUUGCAAGCACGGAUCGAGCUACUCACAAAUGCAUGGGACACCGAGGAUUCAGAACCCGCUCAUGCUUUCCAUCAGCAAGCUGCAAACCAUCCUGGGGCUUGCAAAGAAGAUCCUUGCCAAAGAUCUCCUGCAGUUUCUGGAUAACCAAGCUGUCGAAGUGUACAGCACUGGACAGUUGAGGCUGUUUCCGUACAAGUCAUUCAAUGAGGUACUGAACUUGGUGAUGCUGAUGUUGCUCCAAGAGCUUCUGUGCCAUCAGACUGGUCAUCCGGCACCCUUCACCAAAGAUGUCCAGGAGUUUGUAAAGGUGCUUUUCUUGAAUGGCCAGACAGAACUGCAGAGCAAAAAUCAUGACGCCUGUGAAAAAGAAGACAGGGAGACAAACUAUGCAACUGCCAACCGGUUCAAAUUGAAUGUGCAAGCUAAUGCAGCCUGUGUUGAUUUGUUGGUGUGGGCCACUACUGACGAAAAUGGAGCCGAGACCUUGUGUGGAUUUCUGUACGAUAAAAUUAACUCCCCGUGCAAUGUCAAGCUGGCUCUAGGCCACAUGCCCUUGUUGCUCGUUUGUCUGGAGGGAUUUGGCAAGCUAGCCGAGAAGUUCCCCAACAUUGCUCAGACGAGCAUAUCGACGCUGCGGGACUUCUUGGUCAACUCAUCUCCCAUUCUGACAAAGCUCCACUACCAGAACUCUGCCUCGAGAACUGGAGGAGCAGGAGCAGCUGGCAUUGGCAUCGCAGAGUCUUCGCAGGCGAGCCAUAAGACGGGAACACUGACCACUUCUAUGGCAGCGUACGAGAAGCUUCGUGACACAGCUAUUGAAAACUUAUGCAGGGCACUGCGGGUGGGUUUGCAGCAAGACCCCGAGUGUGUUCAGGCCUUUCUGGCGUCAGUGUCUAUCAAGCUGUAUCAAGCAGAAAACAAAGACCUUGAGCCUAGUCUUGUAGCGACCAACACUAUCUUGGCUCUUGGACAUGUCGCGGUAACGUUAAAAGACACUCCAAAAACAACCAAGUCUAUUCUUCAGUUCUUCCAGCAAAAAUUCUGCCAGCCUGCGUCUCCCCUCGACUCGCUCAUCAUCGAUCAGCUGGGCUGCAUGGUGAUUGCAAAGGUUGACCACACUGUUUACGAGGAAAUCAUGAAGAUGUUUACCAUGAUCACUGUGGAGUCCAGCUCUGCGUACAACGUGGGCAGUGUCGAGGACAGAAAGCAAGGCUACCGUCAUGUCUCCCUAGCAGUGAUAAAUGCUUUAGCCAAUGUAUCAGCCAGCCUGCAAGGUGAAGAAGACCAGCUGGAACUUUUGGGGACAUUGCUAGAACUGUUUGUACAGUUGGGGUUGGAGGGCCGCAGGGCCAGUGAGAAACAGGCGGCACUUAAGGCCUCCAGCAGUGCUGGAAACCUAGGAGUCCUCAUUCCAGUGAUCGCAGUGCUCAUUCGGCGCCUUCCCCCAGUCAUUGAUCCCAAGCCUAGGCUUCAUAAAUUAUUUUGGGACUUCUGGCUUUACUCUGUGGUCAUGGGAUUUACAUCAGAGUCAGGUUUAUGGCCACGAGAAUGGUAUGAUGGUGUACGUGAGAUUGCUGCAAAAUCCCCGCUUUUAGUCUCCAAGGAGCACUUGCGUUCAGUACUGCAGUACAACUCGGCAAUUCGUAACGAUACAGUCUCGCUCGGUGAACUGCAGGAGUUGAAGAACCAAAUUUUGAAGCAACUCAAAACUGAGCACUCGCAGGAUGUAAGUGCCGUCGUGAACAAGUUGAAUUUUUCUCAGUGCACCUACUUGCUGUCUGUGCUAAGACUCGAAACUCUGCGAGUGCAAAAUUUGCAUGGGGAAAACAGCUUCCAAAACAUGAUGAAAUAUAUGGAGUUCUCAACAAUACAAAAAGAUAAAGCAGGAAUGUGGCAGUGCAUCAUGGCUGUGGCUGACAAGGUUUUUAUGGUUCUGUUAGAUGUGAUGUCUAACAAGCCCAGGAAAAAGGAGAGAGAUGAGGAACUGGAGAAACAUGCUACAUUCUUGCUCUUGAAGUUCAAUCAUCCGCAAAAGCAAAUCAGACGUGUUGCCGACAAGUACCUUUCUGCACUUGUAGAUACAUUUCCUCAUCUGCUUUGGAGUGGAAAGGUACUGUGGACAAUGCUCAACAUUCUCCAUGUUCUGGCCAAAUCACUUGAAUUAGAUCCAAAUGAACUGAUUUCAGAAUUGCCCGUCCCUGGUACUUCGUACGCCCUGACCCUUACAGACACCAUGGAAGCGAGGGAAAGCAUUGUCCAAGAUUUUGCUGCACGGUGCCAAGGCAUUGUUCAAGAGGCCGUCAAGUGGGCUCCAAUCAUAACGAGAUCGCACUUGGAAGAAUAUUUGGCUUGCUACUCGUACACUGCGGAUGGUCUCACACAACACAGUGGAGUAGCCUUGGCUAUCGAGAGUGUCCUGCAGUUUGCUGGGCUAAACAACUACUCUGCACCACUGCCAUCAUCGACCUUGGACAAGUGGCCGAGCUGCGUAAAGAACAACUGUUCAGAAUUUGUUUGCUCAAUGGGCCUGCGAUGCAGAUUUGCAGGUGAAAUCACAGGGCUUUUGAUGGGUGCAGAAGAUGCCGAGGUGAAGCACAAAGAACUCUCUGCACGGCUUCUGUCUCAGUUGAAGCAGAGCUGGGAAAAGAAAAAUGAGCGCAUGCACAAAGAGUGCAUCUUCCGUGUUUGUGCACUUCUUAUUCACUGUUCUGGUACCGACAGAACUUUGCUUCAUGCACUGUGUUGGUCCCCUGUGGAACUUUUUACAGAGGAAGCAGUGAGAGGCACAGUGUCAUGUUGGCAGUGGCUUCUUGCCGCCAGGCCUGACCUAGAGCUUCCGUUUCUUCAAGAAAUGUCUGCUGCAUGGCACAUGACUGUAGACAAAAAGAUGGGUCUAUUUUCAGAAGACCCGUCGCAGACAGAUCCUUCUGCUUCUCAUGAGGGAGUGGUACUAGAACCAAAACCACCGUUUGUACAGCCUCACACUAUCUGGGUACGGUUCCUUGCAGAGCGCAUCGAAACAGCCAAGUACAGCAGCCUUGACCAAGUUGAAAUUUUCGCUCACAUUCUACACCGGUCUUUCUCCGUGAACAUAGGCCAUGACAAAAACCACUGCUGCCGACAUGUUGCGGCAGUUGGUACUCAGUUCCGCUUGUUGACUGCUGGCCUGUCCUUGCUUCAAGGUGAUGUCCUGCCCCAUGGUAUUGGGAAGAGCGUGCUCCGUGAGCGCAUUUAUUCAGCAGCUCUUGAUUACUUUUGUGGGCCUCAGAUGUGUCCAACACAACAGGGUGCUGAUCUGCGUGAUGACAUCAACGUUCUGGUAAAGUUCUGGUUGGCAGUUCAUGCUGACAAGAAGUAUCUUAAGGCUACUGCUAUCUCCGACAUUUGGGAAACAAGCACGCAGAGCAACCUUUCAGUGAUCAUGAAUCCAGAUCUCCGUGGAAGCACCGAAGUGCUCCAGUCACGAUCAACUCCAACUGGCUGGAUCAACACAGUACCCCUCAGUAGUAACAUGUCAACAAUAUCCCGAAGGUCUUCUGCUGGGCGUGGCUCAGCAAUGAAAGAUGCAUCAACAGAAGUCUUUGUGAGAGAUUACCUGAAGAAGCGAAACCUUAUUCUUGGUUUGCUGGCUGUGGAGAUAGAGUUUCUUAUCACCUGGUACAACCCCCUAUCCACUUGGGAACGCAGUAUCACUGGAGAGGAUGCUAUUGCCACGUGGCGAAGCCAGCCUGUCGUUGACAGAAGCAUGAAGGAAGUAGCAAGGCUCUCCUGGGAGACCUCUCCAUGCCUGGCCAUUUACGUCCCUUGCCGUUUCAAGACGUCGGACACUAUUCGUGCAGAGGUUUCCCGCCUUGUGCAGCAAAACCCAACAGCAGUUUGUCAUCUUCCUGAAGCACUGCAGUACCUCACAACACCUGAGAGUGUACUUGGCGACUUUCCGGACUUAAACCACAUGCUGACAUGGGCCCGUGUCUCACCUAUCAAGGCUCUUGCAUACUUUUCAAGGCAGUUUCCACCACACCCAAUAACAGCUCAGUAUGCAGUCUAUGUGCUGUCAUCCUUUCCUCCAGACACAGUGCUCUUUUACAUACCUCAAAUAAUGCAAGCAGUGCGCUAUGAUGCAAUGGGGUAUGUCACGGAAUUUAUCAAGACCGCUGCCAGCAAAUCUCAGCUCCUUGCACACCAAAUGAUCUGGAACAUGAAAACAAACAUGUAUCUAGAUGAAGAAGGAACACAGCAGGAUCCCGACCUGUAUGAGCACUUUGACCACAUUAUGCGUCAUAUUGUUGGCUGCCUGUCAGGGCCCGCAAAGCAGUUUUAUGAAAGAGAAUUUGACUUUUUCCAGAAGAUUACUGCGAUUUCAGGGGAGAUCAGAGUGUUUCCUAAAGGUGCAGAACGCAAAAAGGCAUGCCUCAAUGAACUCUCCAAGAUUGUUGUCCAGCCUGGCUGCUACUUACCAUCAAAUCCAGAGGCAGUUGUCAUAGACAUUGACUACAAGUCCGGCACCCCUAUGCAGAGUGCAGCAAAGGCUCCAUUCCUUGCGCGCUUCAAAGUCUGUAGAUGUGGAAUCAAAGAGCUAGAGUCUAAGGCAAUGAGUGUCUCGCAGUCAGGCAUGCAGCAACUGAGCACUGGCAAUGAGUAUUGGCAAGCUGCAAUCUUCAAGGUUGGUGAUGACGUGCGCCAAGAUAUGCUGGCUCUGCAAGUAAUUAGCCUAUUCAAAAACGUGUUCAACCAAGUUGGAUUAGACCUGUACCUGUUUCCAUAUAGAGUUGUAGCCACAGCACCUGGUUGUGGCGUGAUUGAAUGUGUUCCAAAUGCAAAGUCACGUGACCAGCUUGGCCGGCAAACGGACAUUGGCAUGUACGAGUAUUUCAUCAAGAAAUAUGGUGACGAGUCGACAACAGCAUUCAGAGAAGCUCGUCGAAACUUCAUCAAGAGUAUGGCGGCCUACAGUGUUGUCGGGUUCCUUCUUCAAAUCAAAGACCGCCACAAUGGCAACAUCAUGCUGGAUACAGAUGGACACAUCAUCCACAUUGACUUUGGCUUCAUGUUUGAGAGCUCACCAGGUGGAAAUCUUGGCUUUGAGCCAGACAUCAAGCUUACCGAUGAAAUGGUUAUGAUCAUGGGUGGGAAGAUGGAGGCAGCUCCAUUCCGCUGGUUCAUGGAACUUUGUGUGCGGGCUUACCUGGCAGUCCGACCGUAUCGCGAGGACAUUGUCACCUUAGUCUCUCUAAUGCUUGACACUGGUCUGCCCUGUUUUAGAGGGCAAACCAUCAAGCUGUUAAGGUCAAGGUUUGCUCCUCUUGCUGCUGAGAAGGAGGCAGCAGCAUACAUGCAAAAGAUCAUCAGGGAUUCAUUCCUGAACUUCAGGACACGCACUUAUGAUAUGAUCCAGUACUAUCAAAACCAGAUUCCGUACUAAGCAGCAUUUGCCUUCGUGCUCAAAGUGAUGGCUAAUGCAGAGGCACCAGCAUUUAUCUGUGCCUGGGGGAAAUAAUAAUAGUUAUUUGCUUCAACUGGCAUUUUGUUCGAUGGCACCACUUAGCUAGGUCUGUGCACGUGUAUUGGGUGUUUUAGGAGUGUUGCUUGUAUACUAUGUCACUAUUGUUUCUUGAUAUUUUUGGGAUGUAUAUCUUCCUUUGUUGUCUUUGCUGCAGGACCAACACUAUGAACACUUUGUUUUAUUAUGGGAGUAUAUGUUGAUGCUCAGAUGGGCAUGACUGCUUACCAAUAUUGUUUGCUUUUGUGGUACACUUUUGGCUCCUGCCUGUAGCAUGUGUGUGCUGCAUUUGUGAGCUACGGCUCAUAGAGAUCUGUUUUGUGAUUGAACAAAAUGUAGACGAAUUGAGUUGCAUUGCGCAUGGCCCUUCAUCAUAGACCCUGACGGUUAUUUAUCCAAAUGAUUGCUAUUUGUAGCAGUGAAAUAGAUUGUACCGUAAUCCACUGCAGGGAUUUUAGGCUAAUGCCAAGUCAUAGGUGAAGUUCCUUGUGUGCAAUGUUGCUGAUUUAGGAAAAAUGUGUUGCAUCAGUGUUUGAUGUAACAAAGCACGCAUGUGUGCUAGGGAUCUGGUCCUCACAACGAUUGUGGUGUUGUACAUCAUGCAACUGAGGACUGUAGCUUGAGAUACAUAGAUGUUUUCAUGUAAGAUGCUCUAGCACAUUAUAUAUUUGAACAAAUGUGUGCAUUUGUAACAUUAACAGCUGGUGUCGUUAUGGAAACCUGUGAUAAUUUGUUUUGGGCUUGUAGCAGGCGGUGCUUGUUUGCAAUGCAACAAUUCUUUUCUUUUCAUUGUUAUGCGUGUCAUGUUAAUAGAUAUGUCAAUGUUAAUAAAGAUUUUACUUAGCACACCAC